UUUUUUUAAUUAGCGCACAGUGUGAAAGAUCGUGUUUUCUGAAUGGAGUUUCUGCGACAGUUAUUGCCGAUACUACAAGGUUUCUCCGUCCGCUGUGGAUCCCGAUAAGGAUUCUGCAUGUGCACACUACAGCCCCUAGCCGUGUGCCCCGGCCUGUGGAUAGAAUAUAAUGGGGUCUCUGUGGGUGGGUCUGGGGCGCCCCCUGUGGACAUCUCAUUGAGUAUACUGGCGGUGGGUUAUGAUGCAGUUUUCCUGGCACAACAUGGAGGGGGUCACAGCUGUAAUAGGGAGAGCACCCCUGAUAACAGGGAGGGCAGGUGUCCAGACGGUUAGGCUGUGUGCGCACUGUGCAGAUUUGUAUGCACAUAAUCCUCACUUGUGUUCUUUUGUGCAGGUUUUAUAUUUAUAUUAACAAUCCCAAUGAAAACUGCUCUACAGAAGGUGCAGAGGUGGCCUGGGAGCUUGUGGCCCCAAUGUUGUAGGUGACAUCAAACUGACGGAAGUUGGGGCAACCAAGUAGAGGGGGCGAAUACAAGCUGGCAGGGUCAGGAAUACCACAGUGAAACGCACAAUACCUCCCCAGAAGCUGUCCCUCUGUGGUGGCCGUCAAUGUCUGCCACGUUCUGUCCUUCUGCAGUUGUCUCUAGGGGUCCAUUCACACGACUGUAGUUCUGGGUCCGCAUCUGUUUUGCGUCUUUUGCAGGACUGAUGCGGACCCAUUAACUUCAAUGGGGUUGCAAAAGGUGUGGAGAAUGUCGAGCGCUUUCCACAUCGGUAGUUAUGCGCCCCGUGAAAAAAAGAGUAUGUUCUGUUAUUGUGCAUUUCUGUCAUAGGGCUCUCUGUGUGUGCACUGCAAAAUGCGGAACACACGCGGCCCAGUACUCAUGUUCUGUGGACCACAAAACAUGGUCGCGUGAAUGGACCCUAAUAUGGAUAUGGAGCAGGGGGCUUCGGAGGUGAGAGGACUCCUUCAGCAAGCUGCCUGGCCUUCCUCUAAUAAUGACCCCUAUUGUAUCUGACCAGGGGCAGGGAGGAGGGCUCAGGUGGCCCACCAGGAAUAUUCCCUGCAGGGUCUAUGGCCAGUCUGUCCCUGGCAGAAGUACACCAGUAAUCUAAUAUCUGCAUGGUUUUUCAGCAGAAUGCCCAGGCAUGCAGGUUUAACCCUUGGUGUCGCCUCCCUGGUGGGUACUACAGUGGGGUGCCUUAUUCUGUGGAAGCUUAUUAAUCGCCGGAGGCGGCAGCUGUAUACUGGUGUGGACCAGAAGAACUCCUGUACUGGAUUAACCCCAGAGGUCCAAGACUUGGAUGACAGUGUGCGGCAGCCUUUAGAAAGAAAACGCUCUUUACUUUCAGUGGAAAAAAUCCUACAGGCGGAAGUCAGAAUAGUCUCUACGGCUGAAGAAUGGGAGACGGUGUGGCUGUUAUUACAGCGAGAUCUUGAUGUGUACCCGGUACUUGGUGUUGACUGCGAGUGGGUGUCUUUAGAAGGGAGAAUCAAACCCAUCUCCCUGCUACAGAUGGCCUCCCACAGUGGCCUUUGUGUCCUGGUUCGGUUGCCCCGACUGGCCGGCUGCAGCCUUCCUAAGACCCUGGUAGCUCUUCUGGAAGACUGCAGAGUUCUGAAGGUCGGUUUAGGCUGCUGGGAUGACGCCUCUAAACUGAUGAAUGACUAUGGCCUCUCCGUGAAGGGUGUUGUUGACAUACGCUACCUUGCAAUAAGGCAUAGAAGGGACAUUUUUCAGAACAGCCUGAGUCUUAAAUAUCUGUCUGAAACGAUCCUGUCCUUUCCUCUGGAUAAAUCUUUUCAGCUUCGCUGUAGUAACUGGGAUGCUGAUGAAUUCACGCAGGACCAGGUGUUUUAUGCUGCCAGAGAUGCACAGGUUUCCAUUGCCCUCUUCCUGCAGUUACUUGGCUUCUUCUCGUCUGACCCUCCCACGGCAUGGGAAUUUUUCCUGGGCAAAUGUCAAGGGCUGAUUGAUGUUCCGUUUAAAGGGAAAGGUGUGGUAAAUGGAGAUGUAACUAUCAUUCCAAAACAGAAGAAGGAAUCUCCUAUAGAGCAGCCGAGCCCUAACUCUCAGGGUGAUUCUCACAGACACAAGAAGAAACCUCUGGGAGUAGGAUAUUCAGUCAGGAAGUCGCCCCUGUACGAUAACUGUUUUCUGCAUGCCCCUGAUGGACAGCCUCUGUGUACUUGUGAUAGGAAGAAAGCCCAGUGGUAUCUAGAUAAAGGCAUUGGAGACUUGAUCAGCAAUGAUCCGUUUGUCGUGAGGCUACGUUUCGAGCCUUCUGGUCGUCCUGAGUCAAGUGUAGACUACUAUCUAACGGUUAAGGAAAAUCUCUGUGUGGUUUGUGGCAAACGGGAGUCUUAUAUACGGAAGAACAUUGUACCCCAUGAGUACAGACGGCAUUUUCCUGUUCAGUUGAAGGACCAUAACUCCCAUGAUGUUCUGCUCCUCUGUACGUCUUGCCAUGCAGUGUCAAAUUAUUAUGAUAACUACUUGAAACAGCAACUAGCCAUUGAGUUCUCUGCCCCCAUUGGCUGUGAGGAGGGGGUGCGUAUCCUGGAGGAUCCCAUAAGGAGGCAGGUACGGUCAGCGGCAAGAGCUCUUCUCAAUGCAUCCAAACUGCCGGAAAGCCGUAGGGAGGAACUGCUGUCCGAGAUGAGAACAUUUUACUCAACUGAUGAAGUCACUGAAGAGACUCUAAAUACAGCAGCGAACCUGGAGACCAGAAUCUUCAAUGAGACCUAUACGCCACAUGGACUGAAAGUUGUGCAGUGCUUUGCAAAGGGUGGCCUAAAAUCCCUAAUGGAAUUGGAGAAACGCUGGCGUCAACACUUCCUGGACAAGAUGGCACCCAAAUUUCUUCCACAGCAGUGGUCUGUUGAUCAUAAUCAUAGAAAACUGAUCAAGAAAUAUGGAGAAGAUCUGCCUAUCCAGCUCGGAUAAGAGGCCCAGCCAAUGGACAGCUUAUAUUGCAAGGGUUCUGACCGACACUAACUUUUUAACAUAACAACAAUUCAGACUGGUAUAGGCAACACUUGGAUCAAGGACAAGCCUAAUGCCGUGCUGAAAAGACUGACCAUCAUGUUCAAUGAUGAGUGCCAUUGAUUCAUUUCCGAAUUGUGAAACGCUCACAUUUGCUGGGAAAAUAACUUAUAUUUUUAAAACAAACAAAAAAACAAACAAAAAAAACUUGGCUCCUAAAUCGAGCAGGAAAUGAUACUGUGAAGCUAAAAAAACUAAAGGACAGUUUUACCUUAGCAGCUGGCAUGUUAAAGAGAGCCAUCCCUAUUAAUUGUGUGGUGCAUCAGCCAACCCUCUUUUGCAGCGUUUAUUCGCUGCCUCAUGAUUUAUUUAUUUUUUUCUCAUAACCUCGUCUAUCAUGUAUUUAAAAUGUUGCAGUUAAGAGCAUUGGUAUUUUUCUUGGCAAACUGUCACAUCUUUUGCUGCUCUGCAAGUGGUGGCUAGAACAUGAAAGCGCAUCUGUUUGCAUAGGGCAAUAUCAAUGUUGGUUCUGCACUAGGCGUUUAUGCUGUGGGAGUAGUGUGCCUCUUAUGCACUGGCUUGUAAAAUGGCCACUGUAGUCAUUUUAAUGACUGAUCCGGUAGAUCUCGGGCACUCCAUUUUCUAGCGUUGGCUGAAGAGAUCAUGCUUUUAAUUGAGACGCCUUACUUUUUUCAUGGGGUUGGUUUCUCUUUAAGGUCAGAUUUGUCUUUAUUUUUCAUACUCUUUACAAUUACAUCUAAUUGUGUCACUGCUAAGCAAUGAACAGGGUUCCCUGUUUUAUGUGCAUUAAUUUCUUUAUUUAUUUUUAUUCUCCCAUAUGACUUAUUUAUUUUUGGGGAGAAAUGUGUUUGUCUUAAAGCCGUCUAUUUCAAAAGCAUAAAGUGUUUAAUAUUA